AUGAGCCGUUUUCUAAUCCUGGUGGUGAUCACCCUAGUGGCAAUUCCAGUCUAUUAUUUAUAUUUGAAAAGUCCUCCGCCGUUGCCCAAGUUCGAUGUAAACGAAUGGUGGGGACCGGAAGCGAUGAAGACGAAACAGGACAUCAGCAUAAGACCAUUUACAGUGAACUUUUCGAAAGUGAUGAUAGAAGAUCUUAGAAAGCGUCUCAAAAAUCAUAGACCCUCCCCACCACCUUUAGAAGGCGUUGGAUUUGAAUACGGCUUUAACAGUGGACAGAUCGAGGGUUGGAUACGUUACUGGGCUGAGGAGUACCCGUUCAGUGAGCGGGAGAAAUACUUGAAUCAGUUUCCUCAGUACAAAACGAAUAUACAAGGCCUGGACAUCCACUUCAUCAGAGUAAAACCUAAGGUUCCUCAAAGCGUUGAAACAGUACCAUUAUUAAUUCUCCACGGCUGGCCGGGCUCCGUACGGGAGUUUUACGAAGCAAUACCUCAUCUCACAUCAGUCAGUGAUGCGAGGGAUUUUGCUAUUGAGGUCAUUGCUCCUAGCUUGGUCGGAUUUGGAUUUUCAGACGCAGCAGUUCGCCCGGGCAUGGGAACCGCGCAAAUGGCAGUUGUGAUGAGGAAUUUGAUGAGAAGGCUCGGCUUCGAGAAGUUCUACGUGCAAGGCGGUGAUUGGGGAUCUAUUAUCGGAGCACACCUGGCUACGAUAUUCCCUGAGGAUGUCCUAGGCUACCAUACAAAUCUACCUCUCUCUUGGGCACCGUCUACUUUCUUGCUCCCUCUAAUUGCUUCGAUUUACCCCCCGCUGUUCUUCAACCCGCAAGAAGUGGAGAGGAUGUACCCCUGGACAGAGUUUUACUCCAUGUUAACGGAAGAACUGGGCUACUUUCUUUUGCAGGCCACAAAACCUGACACCAUAGGUAAAGCCCUCAGUGAUUCCCCAUGCGGCCUCCUAGUAUAUAUCCUUCAGAUAUUCUCAACUUGGACGUGUAGGAGCGAAGUGUCACGACCGGACGGAGGACUCAGUCUUCAUUUUACAAAAGAACAACUAAUCGACAAUAUCAUGUUGUACUGGACACCUAACUCCAUUAAUACAGCUAUUAGGUUAUACGCAGAGAGUUGCAAUAAAACCCAUUUUAAUUUGAGAUUAGACGAAAUACCAGUUCAAACACCGACAUGGCUUCUGCAAUCUAAGUAUGAAAUUCUCUACCAGUCCCCUUUAGUUACAAGAUUUAAGUUUCCUAACAUAUUAAACGUGACAGUACUCGAUAAUGGCGGCCAUUUUGUAUCUUUAGAGCUACCGGAGGUAUUCUCUGAAGAUGUUUUGAACGCGAUUCGGGAGUUCCGGAAGUGGAAUAAGAAGAACGCGGUGAAGAAUGAGUUAUGA